AUGGAGCAGAGCAAAGUGUCGGACUUCAGCAUCGCGCGGAUUCUUUCCUCGGAACUCGGACGCCACAAACCCGCCCGACCUCGCUUCGCGCCGGACCUGCGUGACGUCACCCGUUUCGGAUUCUGCGUGGACGUCACACAGGUGAAGUCAGCGGUUCCGGUGCCGGUACCGGCUUGUUUGCAGUACUUCGGACGGACGUUCCAGCCCUACCGAGUCGGCUUGCAGUGCACAGACGCGUCCUCAUCCGGCAUCGACCAGAACCCAAAUAUGCGCGUUUCCUUCUGGCCCGACUCAGCAGAUGCGUUCUCUGGUUACCAUGGCUACCGCCCUGCAGGACCAGCUGCGGGCCGGCUGCCGCGCCAGAAGGCCCGGCUGAGGACCGUCUUCACGGAGCGUCAGACCAAACACCUGGAGAGCCUGUUCUCCAGCAGUGACUACCCCACAGUAGAGGUGCGGGCGCAAGUGGCCGAGAGGCUGGGCCUCAGCGAGGAGACCGUCCGGGUGUGGUUCAAGAACCGCAGGGCCCGGAGGAAGCGCCAGUGCAGGACUUCAAAGGUCAAAGUGCCUAGCCCUCCUCCCCCAGCACAGGAACCAAGAAGAUCCUCAGAACCUUCCUCUGACUCACCUCAGCACCUAAACCUCAGCUGA